CCUCAACAUCAGCUGCAAACAGCAGCACCGUCGAUCUGACUGCAGCAGUUGCAUUAUUAACACAGCAAGUCACGACUCUCACACAGAAACUUGACGCGCACAUCGAGAAGUGUCAACAGUCAGAUAGAUCCACGCCCUCCAUUGCAUUCUGACAGCUCCUACGAGCCAGAGAACAUGGCCAAUAAUACAUUCGCCCAUCUUCCUCCGGAAGUAUUGCUGAUUAUUCUUCGCAAUGUACCGGAUCUGCCAUCGCUCUAUAGAUUCAUAUGUGCAUCAGCACAAGCUAAUGCGGUAUUUAAAAUGGAUGCUCCUCACAUUUUGGAUAAGGUCAUCAAGCGCUCAAUACCAGACUUUCAGCCUUUAGCUCGCAUGAUUUCUCUUUUAGGCUCGCUUGACAUCCGGAUUGGCUUCAAUCCACGUCGAUUAUCAGAAACAGUCACUAAAUACGGCGCUCUGCCUAAAGACCUACUCACCAAGGCUGCUCCGUCCUUGUACUUCAUAACUGGUACCUCGGGUCCGCGAUACGUGUUGCUGACAGCUUAUCGCAUUGAGCAUCUCCGACAUAUCUGUUUUACCACUCUUCUGCAAAAUAUUCAUGAACUCAUUUUUGUCAGUCCCGUGGACGGAAGAAAUUUCAGUGACGUCCAUACAUUGAAACAGUUCCGGCCUGGAGUAUUCUUCAAGCCCGUCGCCUGGUGGUCCCCAUCAUGGGUCGAAAGGUUUCGCAUUGAGCGAGCACUCUGGCGAUUAUUUAUGUACUGGAAUAUUGAAGCAAUCCAUUCUAAAGCUACUGUGCAAGAUCCUGACCUCCGUCAAUAUAAUAAAAGAAUACGGCAGCUCAGCGGAAGCAUAAUUGCAGAAGAACGAGAAGAAGCCAAGAUCAUAUCACACAGGGUUGAAGAGAUGAAUUGUAUAUCAGCAGCGGUUUAUGAAUUUCUCGGUUGCGAACCAGUGAAAUUCUUUACGGCCAUAUCCAGCCAGGAACGGAAAGCAUUGGUUACCAAAGCCCGGUCCAAGUUCGCACUCAGUUUCAAGGAGACUGCUGGUUGGAAGUUCGAAGACCCAAAGCCCUCAGAAGACACACCCUCUUAUUACUGGGGCCAGGCAGCGAGCUGGACGAAGAAGCCUAACUCCGAGUAUAGAGACUCCUAUUGGUCGGUAUGGGAGAGGGAGAGUCGUCUCCCUAGCUUUAGCAUAUUGAAUCUUGAAAGACGCGAUCUUUGGUUCUGUGAUUAUCUGGGCCUUUGCCUUUGGGAUUACAAACGAUUGUUGUAUCUUGGACUAGAUUAUGGAAAAUACUGGGAUCCUUCCUUGGGGCGUCCAGCGCAGCCUGACGGCAAGUUCUUUUCUUCAGACAGAUUGGAUGGCAGAUGGAGAGAUAUCUUCCUCCAUGAGUUAGCCAGAUUUCAAGGACAUGGACGGCGGAUGCUGUCAUUGAACUGCAAAAGCCACAUCGAACGUUGGGACAACGAGUUAAGACGUAGGCCACUGUUGGAUGGCUGGCGGCUGGAAGAGUCUUACUCUCAUAUGUACAAUCGUGACAUGAAAUAAGAGGAGGGAGAAAUGAUCUUCAUCGAGAAAAGCUCCAUUGCUGCUCAUUUAAAAUGUAUAAAGAUAAAGAUAAAGAAGAAGAAGAAGAAGAUAAAGAUAAAGAAGAAGAAGAAGAAGAAGAAGAAGAAGAAGAAGAAGAAGAAGAAGAAGAAGAAGAAGAAGAAGAAGAAGAAGAAGAAGAAGAAGAAGAAGAAGAAGC